UCCUGCAAAUUAAACGGUAUACUAUUUGCUGUUUAUUUCAUUCCGAAUGUGUUUAGGUCUAGUGUUGUCGUCGAUCUGUCACAACAGCUUGCGUGCGGACACGUACGACACGCACGCUGCGCGACGAUAUAACCUCGCACGUUUCUCGUAAGAAAAACUCUUAUCGUGAAGGGAAAAUACUAUAGAUUUUUCGAAAUAUAGUUCGAUAAAAACUGGUAGAUAAGCGACACGCUAUUUUUCUUAUUGCGCUUUUAGAUUUUUACAUACAGAAAAAAAUGCGCAAUGUUAUUUCUAAUUUAUUACACACAGAAAUCAGAUGUUUAAUUCGCAAUGUAAACACUGUUAAAUGCCAAAGAAGGUGGAUAUACUCGUCAAAAAGAUAUUGCGCCAAAGCGACGACUGAACUAGAAUACAACGUGCCAGUUGAGAAUAUUCGUAAUUUCAGUAUAAUCGCACAUGUGGAUCACGGCAAGAGUACACUGGCGGACAGGCUUCUGGAAUUGACCGGAGCCAUAAAAGCGAACUCGGGCAAGCAAGUCCUGGACAGUCUACAGGUGGAGAGAGAACGCGGAAUUACUGUGAAGGCGCAAACAGCCUCCUUGUUCCACAUAUAUCAGGGAAGGAAGUAUCUCCUGAAUCUUAUAGAUACACCAGGUCAUGUGGACUUCUCCGCGGAGGUUCAGCGAUCCUUGGCUCCGUGUCAAGGAGUCAUACUGCUGGUCGACGCAAACGACGGCGUCCAGGCGCAAACGGUGGCUAAUUAUUAUCUAGCGCGGCAAAAGAAUCUCGUGAUAAUACCGGUAAUCAACAAGAUUGAUCUAAAGAAUGCAAAUCCUGAGAAAGUAAAAAUGCAAUUGCAAACAUUACUGGACGCAGACGACGUAGACGUUAUCAAAAUAUCCGCCAAGUUGGGUACCGGAAUCGAAAACGUUCUCGAUGCUGUGGUAGAGAAAAUUCCACCGCCCACGGUAUUCAGGGACAAUCCCUUCAGAGCGCUUAUAUUCGACAGCUGGUACGACAAACACCAAGGUGCGAUUUCCUUGAUUUAUGUGAAAGACGGAACAUUGUCGGUUGGCAAACAAAUUGCUUCGGCCUACAUGAAAAAGUCGUACGAGGUUCGUAAUAUAUUUCUCCUUAGACCUCACGCGGAGAACGUGAAGACAAUAUUUGCUGGUCAAGUAGGUGCCAUUUCGUGUAACAUGAAGUCCAAGGAGGCUCACAUUGGUGACACUUUGCAUCUGCGGAAUGCGCCUGUCGAUCUCUUAGAAGGAUUCAAACCACCAAAACCAAUGGUGUUCGCAGGCGUGUAUCCGAUAGAUCAGUCGGAAUUACCUUCCUUGCAAGCUGCCAUUGAGAGGCUUACGUUAAACGACAGUGCUGUCACCGUCACUCUGGAAUCGAGCGUCGCGCUGGGAAAAGGAUUUCGCAUUGGCUUUCUAGGCUUGUUGCAUAUGGAGGUCUUCAUUCAACGUCUUGAACAGGAAUACGGAGCACAGCCGGUAGUUACCGCGCCUGCUGUCACGUACAAAGCAAAGAUUUUUGGAAGUAAAAAUAUAAAAAAAAUCCACAACGACGUGAUAACUUUUAAUAAUCCAGCACAGUUUCCGGAUCGUCAGAUUGUUAGCGAAUUUUACGAACCCAUGAUCAUAGCGACCAUCAUAACGCCAACUGACUAUGUCAAAAGUAUCGCGGCACUUUGUUAUGAAAAACGAGGCGAAGAAAGAAUGAACAAGAACAUUGGCAACGACAGGCUUAUGCUGCAGUACAUGAUGCCAUUGAACGAAGUGAUCCUCGACUUUCACGAUUCCUUAAAGAGCAUAAGUUCCGGUUACGCCAGCUUCGAUUACGAGGACUACGAUUAUCAACCAUCUGACAUAGUGAAGCUAGACAUUCUUUUGAAUGGGAAAGUAGUGGAAGAGUUGAGCAUAAUCGUACAUAGACGGAAAGCGUUACAAACGGGCAAAACACUGUGCACCAAACUUUUGGACACUAUUCCGCGACAGAUGUUCGAAAUAGCGAUCCAAGCGGCAGUCGGGAACAAAAUACUUGCGAGAGAAAAUCUGAAGGCUUACAAAAAAGAUGUAACAGCAAAAUUAUACGGUGGUGAUGUUACCAGGAGAAAAAAGUUGCUAGCGCAACAAACGGAAGGAAAGAAAAAAAUGAGAAUGAUCGGAAAAAUUUCUUUACCGCGGGACACUUUCAUAAAUGUAUUAAAGAGAUGAUGUAACUUUAUACUAUAAAUCAGAGAUGAUUAAUAACGAUUGGUUUUUUUAAU